AUGUCGACUGCUAUGAACUUCGGGAGCAAAACAUUCAAACCUCGACCUCCAGAAAAAGGCUCUUUCCCAUUAGAUCAUUAUGGUGGGUUGAUCUGUGUCUGUCUCAUUCUGUGAGUGUGAUUUCCUGGGUGUGCUGUCACUGCUAUGAGCUAUUACAAUGUUACUUACUAGGUUAAUAUAUAUAUAUAGUUAAUAUAGAUGGGUAUACCAUACACCCCUGGUUUGGGAGAUCGCUCAGCCAAGUGGUUGGGGGUCAUGGGAGUUGUAGUCCACAGCGAUGAUGAUGUCUGUGCCAGGUCUAGCCUCCAGCUAAAAUGCUCUGUAAACCAAUAAUACAUCUCUUUAAGAUCUAUCUCCAUGCUAUAAGUAAUAUCUGAAUGCUAUUGGGAUCUUAUACAGAAAGAUCCUUUAUAUUAGUGCCAUGAAAUAAUACAGGUUAUGUAUGUAAUUAUCCUGUGGCCCCAGAGUAUCUAAACUUGGUUUUUCAGCUGCAUGAGAAAUUCUCCCUUAACUAAAAAUAAAGUACUUUAACAAAAAAAGAUAUAUUUAUAACACUGAAAUGUUUAAAACAACAAAGCGGUGUAUAAAGUGAGGGGGACAAUGUUAAACCUAAUGCGCUUCAUGUAGAGGUCACAUGGCAGUCUAGGACAUAUUCUAAUAGCACUUUAGAUAAAACAUUGUUCACAUUUGUAUCAAAUGCCUUUUGCAGAAACACUGAAGCAUGCAUGAGGUCAGAGAAAGUAGGAAGGAAGUAACACAAUAACUGCACCCACAUAUUGAGAUCUGGCACAAGGAAGAAAAGAUCAGACAUGGGGUAGAUACAGAGGGCAUAACCAAAAGAGAGAAAAUUAUAGGGCUGCUUUAAAUCCUUCAAGAAGUGUACAUUGGUUCCACUGCUGCAACAAAGAGAGAGCACCUAAAACAAAAAGGGCCACUCAAGCCUGUCAAAUGUCCUCUCUGCAUCCAAAAAGAGAAUCUAAUACCAGAUUAAAUCUGUGCCCCUCCUGCUGUUCUAGUAAUUUACAAAUACCGGUAAUUUUGGCUGUAUUCUUUUUCAGGUGAAUGUAAACCUUUUAAAGAGAAGUUCAUGAGGUGUUUGAGACAGAAUACAUAUCAGAGUGGCCCCUGUCGGGAGGCAUCUAAGGAAUAUUUGGAAUGUAGAAUGGAAAGGUAGGUUGGUACACGUGACCAGGGUCAUUGGACCAAGAAAACUUCUUGCAACUGAGAAGUAGGGCCCCAACAACCCUUUAACAAUGACAAAAGUCUCUUAAGAUGUGAGAAAUCUAAAACUGAUAAAUCGUAUUAAUUUAGUAAUGGAUUAUAGCUUUAAGGACCACUAAAGGCAAAUCGACCACUUUAUGUCAACGAAGUGGUAUGGGUGCAAUGGCCAUUUAGUUUUAACCCUGUAAUCCAGGGGUUCCCAAAAGGAAGCUCCCCAGAUGUUUACAGAACUACAACUUCCAUGAUGCUUUGCAUGUCUUUAGAAUGACAAGGCAUUAUGAAAGUUGUAGUUUUAAAACAUCUGGGGAUGUUCCUUUUGGGCACUCCUGCUGUAAUCUAAACCUUGCCUUUUAGUAGAUAGCGCAAUGUUGUCAUUACAUGGUUAACACACCUCUAACAGCCACUAAAGGGGCUGCCCCCGUAAGAACAGAGUAAGACUGUUCUCUGUCAAAUGCUGAUACCAGAGAGCAUAUGAUAGGCGCAAUGCAGUGGGUUUUUUUUGGGGGGGGGUUUGCCAUGCAUGCGCUCUAGCUCCCACAUGCUUCUCUGUGGGAAAACAUUGGCUUGGCUUAUAUUAAGAUUGAUUGUCAGCCAAGAAGGCAGAACCGAAAAAAAUUACCUACAAUGCGAAUAAAUCAUUAAAAAAAUUAUUGUAAACGGACACCUCCGUAGUUAGGACACUAUAACGUUAGGAAUACGUUUGGGAAGUCCUAAUACUAAAGGAACGCUCCAAGCAACAUAACCUGGGCCGGUGCAACCAUUAGGCAAACUAGGCAUUUGCCUAAAGCGCCGUCCUGCUAGGGGUGCCCAGCAGGAUAUUUGAGUGCAGAUUUUAAUAGAAAUUAUUAUUUUUAUUUUUUUUAUAUGAAAAUGAACCUCGUUACAAACUCUGGUUUUCUAGCAGAAAACAGGUUCUGUUACUUCCUGGUUUGUUUAGCUCAGUUGAACUAAAUCCAAGAGGCAAGAUUGCCUAGAGCACCUGCCUUACAAAGACUUCUCAUUGAACUGCAUUGGGAAUUCUAUAAUUUGACAGCCACAAAAAGUCUGAGCUGGGGGAGGGGGAGGGCUUGCAAAGGCUUCAGACAAGAAAUCUGUAAAUUUUGUUAUGUUUUUAGAUGUGAGAUCGGUAGGGAUAUUUUUCACUUCAUCCAGUAGUUGAGAGGCAAGUAGUGCUGAGAUACCAGGUGGCUAGAUUAGUUACUGGGGGUUCCUUGGUGGUACAAAGCAAGGAUGGACACUGCAGCAGUGGGGCCAGAUCUGGAUCCCAAGCUCUGACCAGUCACCACUGUUUCCUCUGCAUGUAUAAUACAUAAUUCACCUUCUGGUGAAAUUAGUGUGGACUGAGAGUUGUACUUAUUCUAAAAUGAGAUAUUACUUCUCUGAUUUUUUUAAACUGUGGAUAUGAUAGUGGGUAGAGAUUAGCAUUAGAUUAGGCCAUUGUGACAGCACAAACAAACCGCCUUUCCCUCUAGACAAGUCAUGCCAUAAUGCUGGGGACGUUUGCAGUCCACACAUACCACUAACAGGAGACUACUUGCUGUAUUGGGAGUAGGCUGCUUGCAAGUAAUGAUUAUAUGUCUCUACAUUACAAUGAGGAGGGAUCACAAUAUACAAUUGUACAAUAUAUGCAUUAAAGAAAAUAAAAAUUUUGGCACAACCUAAUGGUUAACUAAAAGUUACCUUUGGCUGUGCCAAAAUUAUAUUAACAUUUUAUAUAGUUUAAUUUUUUUUGUCAUUUACCGAGCACAGUCCGUCAAGCUACGUAAAUUAGUUAACAUUUGCAGUACAGCACUUGGUGCAUAUAUAGCAUUGUUAGAGAAUAUGGUGACAUUGCAUGAGCCUGAAUGGCAUUUCUCUUUUAAAUGCCCGAGCAAAUAUGUAUGUCCCCAAGGCAUCCUGGAACAACAACGUCAUCAUAAAGCAAAAGUACUGUAGAGAUAGUGAUUUGUUUAUGUUGCACAAAGAUAACAGAAAACCUGUAAUGAAGUUAUGUAUUCUUGUUACAGUUUGAGUUAAAGAGACACUAUAGCAGAGAAUUGCAGUGAGACUGCAGGGGGACGAUCUAUAUACUAAAACUGCUUCAUUAAGCUGAAGUUGUUUUGAUGCCUAUAGUUUCCUUGUAAAAAGACACUCUAGACAUGGUGUUCAUGGCAUAUCCCUUUAAUUAUUUUUUUUAAUUUUUUUUAAAAGCUUAUUUCUUCAUGUGAAUUUAUUAUAUAUUAAUGGUGUAUUUAUUGUAUUUUUCUUUCAGACAGUUAAUGGCAAAGGAACCAUUGGAGAAGCUAGGUUUUAAGGACCUGGUUAACAAUCAGAAAACUGAAGAGCAAAAUAAAUUAUAAAAAAAAUUUAAAAAACGCUUUUUUUUUUUUUUGGACUACUUUUGCAUUUCUGGGAGACAAAAUUCUGCAAGAGUCUUGCGUGUGGCGAAAUAUUCGUUUCAUUGGGCAGUGUAUGGACUUUGCUUGAAAUCAGUGUGCAAGUAUAAGACGUGAUCAGUUUCUUUAAUGACACCUUACAGAAAAUAAUCUUUUGAUGGCUCUGCAUGUAAUCUUGUGUUCUCCUAAAUUCAGUUCUGUGAACUUUUAUUAAAUACAUAUUCCUGCAAUGCAGUGCCUAGGAGAUGGCUCUGUCUCUGUUAUGUGUAUUUCCUAAGUAAAUGUUAUAGCCUCUUAUUGUGAUUUUUAAUUUUUUUUAAUCUGUUGAAGCCACUCUCCUAAUUUGGGAGUUGCAGCACUGAGUGCUCCUAUUAUCCCUGGGACUAUAGAUAGAUAUGAAAGGCCAGCGACAUGUAUCAGUAGAGGGCCUGGCUGCUAAUAAAGCAGGUUGUAUGCUGGAGAUGCUUCUCUGAUUCUAUGAGAAUUUAUAGGGACAUUCCAGGCACCUAGACCACUUCUGCCCAUUGGAGUGGUCUGGGUGCCUACUCCCACUAACCUUAACCCUGCAACUGUAAUUAUUGCAGUUUUCAUAAACUGCAAUAAUUACAUUGCAGGGUUAAGUCCUCCCCUAGACAGCCACUAGAGGGCACUUCCUGGUCCAUAGCACAGAAAACCUCACUGUGUGAGGACCUCCAGCGUUGCUAAAAUCCCCAUAGGAAAGCAUUGAAAAGCAUUUUCAAUGCUUUCCUAUGGAGAGGUAUAAGGCGCAUUCGCAGCAUUGCCGUGCAUGCGCAUUAGGUCUCCCCAGAUGGCAGGCGGGAUCAGUUUCCCCUGCCGGCUGACGUAAUGAAGGGGAGGAGCGGCGGCGGAGGAAGAAGCAGCGACGUGGGACAUGUCGCUGCCUCUGGUAAGUGACUAAAGGGGAGGGAGAGGGGACCUGCAGUGCCAGAAAAACGGAUUGUUUUCCUGGCACUGUAGAGUCCCUUUAAGCUUUAUUAGCAAGUUAUCCUGACAUUUUCUGCAAUAAACUGACCUACAAUUGUCUAAAACACCCUGCAGCAUUUUUGGACUGACAUUUUAUAUUGUGAUUGGGUGUUUCUCAGGAUGGUAUUACCUGUGGCCUGCUGGCAGCCUCCCCAGUGUCAAGGUGACCUAUUCCCCUCUUUCUGGUGCUUCUACUAUUCUCUUCUACUAUUUUUUAUUUUUUUUCCCCUCUGGACCUUAUCCAGGUCUACAUUGCUUAAUACAAUGUCUUACGGGUUUAGCUACAAUUUCUUUGAACACAUUAUCUCUAUACUGCAAAGCAGUUGCCAGAUAGAUCUAAGAUAGCUUCCACUCCAGUUUCUUGCUAUGAAAGAUUUUCUCAAGAAGUUUAGUGGUAUUUGUUCAGUAUUUUUGGCAGCUAGAGCAGGCCUAUCAGUCUCCGGAUCUACUAUGAAAUGGCAUGCAACAACUUUACAAUCCAGCUUAUACUGGAGAAGGUCCUGCGGUUCCCAUCAUCUACUGGUGGGGUAAAAGGAGACUUUAAACUAGAAGGGCUAACUUUCUUCAAACAGCAGGCACUAAGGGAAUAUCCCCUCCCUGAGAGUCCAGAAAAGCCAGUGUAACCGCCAUGAAUCCGCAGUGUGACGACAGCCUGGAAUUGACGACAGGAGCGCUUCAACUGAGAGGCAAGGUGUCAACCCUUGCGAGCAAGCCUGGUGGCUGGUUGACUGGGAGACUGAAGGUCCUUAUUACCAACUGUCUUAUGCUGUGGCAUAAAAAUACCUAUGGAAAAAAAGAGUCUGAUAGCUUCUCGGGACAUUCUCAUUGAUCAAAGCCUUGUGAUGUUGAUGUCCCUUGUUUCUUGUGUUGUGCUUUAAUUCUAUUAUUAUUUUGCCUUUAUAUGAGUGUUUCUUUCCUUAUUAUACCUGUGAGAAUAGUAGCUUAUGUAAUAACCAGUCAGUGUUAUAUCCUUGCAGCUAAUACAACAAGGUUAGAAUAGCCUUACUCUCUAUUUCUAUUGGAAAAUAAGAUAUUACUUCUCUGUAUGCAUACAUAUUGCUCCUAAUCGCUUUGCCAUUUUGUGUAAUGUCUAAUGUGUCUGACGAGCAAUAAAAAGAUUGUCACCUGACAUAUGCAGAACCACCUGUAGGAAGGUACAUAGUUGUCAUCAAAUGAUGUCUAUGGAGUUGAUUGACAGGUGGGGAAGGACCACAUUUUUAAACUUCUACAUAAAGUAGCAGUACUUACAACUGGGUUGUUAUUUCCAUUCCUACUUACUAAUAAGCAGGGCAAAACAUAUAUCAACAGUUUGCUGCACUCCAUGGCCUCAUCCUUUGGACUUUAAAAGACUAUUACACAGAGAAACACCCUUUGUUUAUUGAGCUGCUAUAUUGUUAUACACAUAUUCUUUCCCUAUUCUUGUCUUGUGUCUAUGUUGCAUAUGACUUGCAGUGUUACAGCAUCAUUAAACGGCAGUAGAGUAAAUUUGCAAAAACAAUCCGGGUUAGUGAACACGAAAUUUUAGUGUUAAGUGAAUAACACUGCAGGUGUCUGGAAGUUUGUUUUUUAUAUAUAGAUUGCCACGGGGGGCUUAAACACACCAUGCGUGUUCUUGCAAAUUGUUUGUUUAUGUUCAUCUGCUCUUGCUUUGCUGCUUUAUUGCUGUGUUUGGGGAAUGGUUAAUAUGCAAAUCAUUCAGCCAGUAUAUAUAUAAAGACUGAAUGCUAGCCGUGGGGUUGUACUUCUUCUCUAAAUGCUGGGAUCACUGCCUUUCUCUAGGAGGUAAUGGGGACAGAAGGUCAUUGAGCUAGUGCACUAUAUAAGAGGAAUAUAGUGCCACUCACAUGAACUGCUCUCUGAUUGUAUACUCAGCCUUUACAGAUUGUGUUCUGACUCCAGCCCUUAGAAUUCCUCUUUUCCAGACGCAUUACCCAGGUUAUCUAGCACACGGGGCCUGCAUAUACUCUUUCACAAACAAACAUUAAAGCAUAUGCUAACAUUCAAAUUCAUAUACACUUAACAUUCACAUACACGCAUAAUACCAUUCAUAUGCUCACAAUCCUAUUACAUAUUCAAAUUCAUAUACGCACACUCACAUUCAUAUCACAUAUAAUUAAAUUCAUAUGCAAACAUUAUAUUUUUAUUUAGAUGCUUGGUGUUCAGUGGAUCGCACAGGGUCCUUCAGCUCUGUACUGAUGCUGGGGUUGGGGUAAUGCUACAUCAUGGAUUCUGACAUUCGUAUAGGACGAUGAGGGAGCUGUGCAGUCAGAGCACAGACUGAUCCCUGCAGCUCCUCUGCACGCACAAUGUCUACUAAAUGGAGUCUGCAGAGCAGACACUUUAUUUACAAUAACUGUCACCAGUAGGCAAGGGUGCUAUGUGUAUCCACCUGCUGCCAGUCACCUGGGGUCCUUCGCCCCUUGGGUUAGUACGCUACUGCUCCCUAUGCAUUACUCUGGUUUGCUGUUUAACCUGGUCUGUGACCAUUCCCCUUAUAAAGUCAGUUUAUUAUUGCCAUCAGGUUACUGUUGAAGUGGAAAGCCAUUACUUGGUGUAAAAUGUAUAUUAUGCUUGGGAACACCAUACUACACAGCACCAAAUAGAUGGUGUAAGUUGGUAUCAAGUGCGGCUACAUUCCUACUUUUGUGAAUAUUUGUGCAUGUUGCAUACUAUAUGGGUGCUGAUCUGAGAUGGGAACUCUGUGAUUGCUGCAUACUGUGUAAGUGCUGUAUAAGAGAUGGGGGCUCUUUGAGGAAUUCCACAGAGCAUGAGAAACAUUGGAUUGUCCUUGGAGGUUCUCGAUUGUGAAGUGAAGGUCUCCUGCAGCCUAAGAUUUCGUUUUGAGAUGGGGUGAUUAAAGCAGCACUGUGUUACUGCCUGGGGACUUUGAAGAGUUUGCUAAGACCCCUGACUGGGACAUUGCCGCUGAGGUUCUGUUGACUGAGGGGGGGGGGAGGGCAGGUACAGGUGAGACUUACUUACCUGAAUUUGUCCCUUGCAGGCACAGCCAUCUUGUUCGGUCUGAUCCAAUGUUACUGCUGUACUUUCACGAUGUGCGAGAGUACAGCAUUGAGGUCAUUGGAGUAUCCUGUGAGACUGGGAUCCUUCAUAGACCAAACCAAUUCCCUGCAGACGACAGUCAGUAUUGACAUUUAGACUCUAAGUCAGGCGAAAGAGAAAAAUAGGAGAAAGAAGUCCCUACUUUGUCUCUGUACAUUUCUUAACUGGGUUAACACAGUGACAAUGAGUCUUUCAUAAAGAAUCUAUCUUUACGAAAUACAAUUUUUUUUUGGAGGGUGUGGAGGGUGACCGUGUUUCGUUAAUAAAAAAAAAUACUAGAACAUAACAUGUUACAAAUACAGUUUUUUUCCAUUUAUAAGACGACCCCUAUUUUAUGAGCCCAAAAUUAAGAAAUUAAUAUUUUAAACAUCAAAUAGAACAACUGAUCGUUUAGAGGUGACUUCUGAGGAGAACAACACACUUAUGAUUCUCAUGCAUCCCCUGUGCUACAGUACUCUGUGACGUUAACGAGAGGGAGGGCAGGUAUGUGUGUGGGCCAUGGCACACUGAAAUGCAGCAGGCACCAUCUUAACUUAGGCCCCGCGCACAAGUGUGUUUUGUUUUUUUUUAACCCCUGCUGUGACAUUCCAUGUAUAAGACAAGACUUAGGCUCCCCAAUUUUAGACUAACAAAAAAAACGAAGAAAAAAACAGUCUAAUACAUGGAAAAAUAUGGUAUAUUUAUAGCACUGGAGUGUUCCUUUUUUUUUUUUUUGCUCUCAAUCUUUAUUUAUUUGUGCGCAGGCUAACAAUCAGUCUUGCGUUACCCCAACAGCAAGAGCAAGAUUAGCAAAAACUUUGAUAACAGUGUGGCAAUUAAAAUAACAGCACAUGUUUUUUUUUUAAAUAUAGAACCAAAUGAAAACUGGUAUGCAAAUUCCAAGAUGGGUAGUAUACUCUUAUCAACCUCGGCUGUUAUGGUGAUGUACUUGACAGAAGCCAAGCAGGCUAAGUAUUUGUUGUGGACAAAAAUAUUAACCCAAGUCAUAUUAAUAAAAUGCCUAUUUACUCAGCCUAACCACAAUCAGCAUUAUUCAACCUUAUAGGUGAUUUACCUAAAAUGGCCGCUAGGGAGUUUCCCUUUGACAUCGACUAACACCCUCAUUAACAAGAUGGCGCUGGUAUCUGGGGGAGACCUCCAAGAUACCAGUGACAUCACACCCGGUAGGAAGGGCACUAAAUGAACCACUUAACACCUAACCAAUUAUUGAUGUAUUAUUCCAUGUUAUAUCUGACAAUGCAGAUGAUGUAAUUUUGCUUUAUAAGGGGCAUGCUGUCCCCCCAGAAUAAACAUUUCUCAAGUUUUUCAUUAACCCGAAACCUGUGUCUGGUGUGAAUUACUUCAGGAGCAUGCACGCAUCUUUUUAAAUUUGGCCGGGGGCAGAUACGCAAGAUAAUCAAUUAAUUGAUUGAUUCCACAUCAGUAUUAAAACAAUUAAAACAUACGGAGCAUACAGAGGACUACCUAUGAGUAGGGUCAAGUUGAUACAGAUAUACCACAUGUGACAGAAACACCUUAUUGGGAAAAAGGAGAGUAAGGGUAAAAAUAGAUACUGUUACCCUAAUAAUACAGAUACUAACUGAGGGUGUGAGCAGGUGAAACAAGUACUAGAAUGUUACCACUGGGUACUUGCUAAACAAAAAAAGAAUGGAUGGAACCUCGUGGAUCCAAGGAACUGAGUUCCAUAAUCCAGCAUAUCAAGAUUUGGGUGUGCAGUUAGCCUAUGCUACAUGCUAACCAUGAUGCAAAGUCCACUCCAUGUUCAUGCUUGGCAGUGGCUCUCUCUCCCACCAAAUAUGAAAACGCUGGUAGAUUGUUGAGUAGAUGACCUAAACACAGACUGCAGAGCCCCAACUCUGCAGGUCUGCAACCUCAGGCCAGAACAGGAUCCCAUUCCCGAUAUCCACGGAUCUUCCUCCUCGUGGUAGCAGCAUCUUGGACCCGAGUAGACUCUGACAUAUGUGGAACCUUCCCGGUAUGUGGAUGGUGGGUCGGACGUGACUCCGUCUGGGUUCCCAGCCCAGAACGAGAGCAGUGCACUGGAGCAGCCUCCAACCGUCACAGUGGUGCAGUUGUAAAUGAGUUGCCAAAACAGCCUGCAUAG